AUGGAGACCAACCUAAAGCUAAGCAAAGAUAAAGCGAACCUCCUACCCGAUCCCACGGCUUAUAGAAGCCUCAUUGGCAAGUUAAUAUACUUGACCAUUACACGGCCUGACAUUACCUAUGCCGUGAACCAUCUAAGCCAAUUUCUCACUUGUCCUCGGGCUCCACAUCUCCAUGCUGCACAUCGUAUACUGCAGUUUCUAAAAUCAACACCGGGACAAGGCCUUUUCUUUCCCUCUGACACUACAGCCACUAUAUCUGCUUAUGCUGAAACAAGCCUAUCCCCACAAAAUGUCCAAGUCUCUUUCUUUUCGGAUGCUGAUUGGGGGGCUUGCCAAGACACUAGGAGAUCCAUUUCGGGCUAUUUGCCCUAUUCCUUGGAAACUCCCUUGUCUCAUGGAAGUCAAAAAAACAACAAACUGUUUCACAAUCUUCUGCUGAAGCAGAAUAUCGAGCCAUGGCCAAUGCUACAUCCGAACUCACAUGAAUCCUCGCCCUACUCAAGGAUUUUGGCAUCAAUUCUACUACCCCAGCACUUCUCUAUUGCGACAACACCGCUGCAAUCCACAUAA